AUGCCCAACAGCACCUCCACAGCACAGUUCCUCCUGCUGGCAUUGGCAGACAGGCAGGAGCUGCAGCUCCUGCACUUGUGUCUCUUCCUGGGCAUCUCCCUGGCUGCCCUCCUGUGCAACGACCUCAUUCUCAGCACCGUAGCCUGCGACCACCAUCUGCACAUCCCCAGGGACUUCUUCCUGCUCCACCUUUCCCUCACAGACCUGGGCUGCAUCUGCACCACUAUCCCCAAAGCCAUGCACAAUUCCCUCUGGGACACCAGGGACAGCUCCUCCAUGGGAUUUGUUGCACAGGUUUUUCUCCUCAUAUUCUUUUUUGGAGCAGAGUAUUUCCUCAUCAUCAUCGUGUGCUAUGACCGCUAUGUUGCCAUCUGCAAACCCCUGCACUAUGGGACCCUCCUGGGCAGCAGAACUUGUGCCCACAUGGCCGCAGCUGCCUGGGCCACUGGGUUUCUCAAAGCUCUGCUGCGCUCAGCCAAUACAUUUUCCCUGCCCCUGUGCCAGAGCAGUGCCCUGAGCCAGUUCUUCUGUGAAAUCCCCCACAUCAAACUCUCCUGCUCACAAUCAGACUACCUCAGGGAACUUGGGCUUCUUGGG